AUGAAAUUUUUAUCAUUUGAUUUGUUUAAUCAUCAAAAUUGUUUACCAUCAGAUGAAGUUAACGAACCAAUUGAUGUUAUACCAGCAUUAAACGAUUUUUUAAUUUCAACAAAGAGUGGUGAAAUUAUUCAUUACAGUAUAAAUGCAACAAACGAAUGCACUGUAUUGAAUAGAUUUAAUACACAGAAUCAAGUGAUUAAAUCAAUAAAUUAUAUAGCAUCAAAUGAUUCAAUUUUAACAUUGGAAAAAGAUGGGGAAAUUGGUGUUGUUAGAAUAUAUCAGAAUUGGAGAUUAUCAAAUCAAAAUUAUUCAUCACCACAAUUAUUAGAGGAUGGUAGUCCAUUGUCUUCAAGUCCAAGUAUGGUAGAUAGUUUUCACGAUGGUAAUAGCAGCACUCAUAGCAAUAGCACCUCAAAUUUAGCAUCAUUGGUUUUAAAUGUUACCAAAAUUCCAGUACCAUCGAGUGUAGUAUCGAUUUCGUCAUGUCCGAUUACAAGUCGUGUUAUUGUUUCAACAGAUUCAUCUGUUAGCAUUUGGACUGCAGUUUAUCAAAAUUAUCCAUUACUAAAUUAUUUCGAAAAGAUUUUAGAUAUUCAUAUUAAAGGUGUUACACAAGUUGGUAUCUAUGAAAAUUAUUUAGCCUAUGCAACUUUAAAUGAAGCAAAAGUUUUAUCAUUAUCAUUAUCAUAUAGAGACCCAUUUUCAGAUUUGUCAAAACAACAGCAACAGCAGCAACAACAAAAGCAACAACAGCAACAGCAAAACAAUCAAUUGUUUCAUAAUUUUGAUAAUACCAAUAAAAAUAAUAUACAAAAGCAAUUAACUGUGAAUAAUGGACCAUCAGAAAUUAUUGAGGAUGAACAUUAUUUUGAAGUCACAUUCGAUCAAGAUGGUAAUCCAACAGGUAAAAAUCAAUUAUCAACAUUAGAAAUAAAAGGUUCAUCCAAUAGAAAUAGUAAUGGCAUUAGCGAAGAGGUGGAAGUAUUUGGACCAAUUAGUGACAUUGAACAUGGUAUAAAUGUAAAUUCAGAAUCAGGUUUUACUUUAUUAGCAUCAACCCUUUUAUUAAGCAAAAGAUUUCAUAAAGAUGAUGAAAUUCACACAAUUUUUUUAUUACCAGACGCAUCAUCAAAUAAUUCAAUACUUUUAGAACCAGAUAAUAGUACACCAGCCCCAACACCUACUAGCAAUAAAUCACCCAUAGCAACUCAUAGAAAUAAAUCAAUUGGACAAAUGAAUAUUCAAUCAAGCUCCUCUAUUUCAUCAUCAAAAUUAAAUAAAAGUAGAUCCAAUAGUAACCUUGGUAAUUCUUAUUUAUCAAAUAACAGCACAGCAAAUAUAAUCAUUAGUAGUAAUGGUAACAAUAAUAUAAUUAGUAGUAGCACAAUUAAUAACCCACAUGCAAAUGUUAAAAAUCUUUAUAUGAGGUGUGUAGUAUCAACUUCAUCAUCGGGUUAUGUAUAUAAUAUCAGUAAACCAUCAAAACUUUCAGCCUAUAACUAUGCAAAUGAAACAGUAUCAUGCUUUGCAAGUCAAUCAUUUUUAUAUACUAUCACCACUGAAGGCUUACAAACAUGGACAUUAAGAUCUUGUGAAGGUGCUAAUGAUGGUGACGUUCCACCACCAUGCGGUCUUGGUCUUCAAUAUUUCCCAUAUUUAACUAAAGGUGCAGUUGCAGGUGACCAUUUAUUAAUUCUUUCAAAACAUAACACUAGUCAUAUUGCAACCAACAACAAAAUUUCAAAUCUUAUGAAAUCACCAUCAAAACCACUCUCACCAAAUCCAAAAAGUAAACAACCAGAACCAAAAUUAAUAGUGAAUGAAGAUACAACACUUUGGGGUUUAUAUUUAAUUCGUCACACACCUCUUCAAACACUCUAUAAUGAUAUCUUACAAUACGCCAUUAAAUACAAGGAAAGUAAUGAUGAAGUUUACCACAAGCUUUUAUUAGAGGGUCAUUUUCUUUUACAAUCAAAGCUUGCAAAUCAACAUACCUCUUCAAUUAAAAUGAACGAUAUGGCAUCAUUAAUGAAUUUCGGUAUUGAGAGAAAGAAUUAUCAAUUACUUUUAAAAAGAUCAUCAUCUUAUUUGGGCGAGUUCUUUUAUAAAAGAUCUGCAACCUACGAAUCUGACGACCCAGAAAUUCAACACGAUUAUAUGAGAGCUGCUUUAUGGUAUAGUUCAAGUGAUACAGAAAUCGAAACUGUUUUUGAAAUGCUAGUUAAAGACCAGAAAUCACAUCUAUCAUUAAUUUACUAUUUAGAAAAUGUUUUAUAUGACCCAAAUUCUUAUGAAGUAUUAUUGAAUAAAGAAGAACUAUCAGAUAAAAUUUUAAAUCAUUAUUUUGUAAAUAGUCCACAUAGAUUACCCCUUUUAAUUUUAGAGUCAUCCAUAUCGUCAUAUUCACAAGAAUUAGCAAUUCAAUUAUUGAGGGAAAUUGCAGAGAAGGGUGAUUUUGAUUCUGAAGGUAAAAACAGGGUAUAUUUUGCACUAGGUUUAUUAUACUUGGAUCAAAAUAAAUUCCAAAAUACUAUAGAUUCAUUCAACGAAAUUCCAACCGAAGCUCUAAUUAAUCUUUGUUUAAAGAAUCCAAAGCUUUUAGCUCCACCAGGUGAAAGUGAACCAACAGAACAUCUUUGUAAAAUAUUAAGAAAAUCAACACCAUGGGGUUUAUUAGAAAUUACCAUACAAUUAGUUAUUCAAAAAGAAAUUACACCCGAAUUUGGUUUAAAAAUACUGUUAAAAUCUUCAGAUACUUUUGAAACUGGUAUUUUAGAUUAUCCAAUUUCUUAUCACAAAGAUAACUACGAUUUAGAUUCACUUUUAAUUAAAAUUUAUUUAGAAUGGUUUUUAUUUAACAACUUCAAAUCACAACAGCAGCAACAACAAUCAAAUAAAAAUAAAUUAAAUAAUAAUAGCAAUAAUAGCAAUAGUUGUUUACAACAAUCAGCCUCAACAACAAAUCAACAACAGGUUUUUUCAAAUUCCAAUUCUUUUUCACAUCAAGACCUUGUUCCAUCAUUUAUUAAAUAUUUACUUCAUCUCUAUGUAAAAGAUAUUCAAAGAUUUGUAGGUGAGGAUGAACAAUUAUUCCACUCUUUAAAUCUAGAUGUAAAAUCAAUUUUAAAUAAAGGUCACCAUCUCCAGCAAAAAGCAUCACCACAACAACAAAGAAAUAUUAAAUCGAGCCAGCAACAACUACCACAACCAACACAACCACAAAAUAUUUAUUGUAACCAGUGGAUAUCAUUCCAUUUUAAUUCAUUUUUAAAUAUCCCACAAUGGUUAUCAAAACUACCACCAUUUUCAACAGGAAACAACUAUAACCCAUCCGCUCAAAAUGAAGUCGGCUAUUUAUUAAAAUCAUUUUACUAUAGAAAGCUUCAAUCAAUUCUAUCAAUUAAUAUCAUCAAAGAUUUUGAAUUUAUGGAUAAUAUCGAAAACAUUUUCAAUGAAGAUCAAUCAAAUAUAAUGCUAUUAUCAUUAAAGCUUGCUUGUUUACCAUUAUUGGGCCAAAUUAAAGAAGCAAUCGAAUUAGUUUUAAAUAAUAGUAUAUCAGUAAUUUUGGAUUAUUCUCUUCAUUUCUGUAAAGAGCUUUCUGAUUGGUCGAUUGUUUUAGACUCAGUUUUAAAGAAAUAUCAAUUGGUAGAUAAAAGUCUAACAAAAGAAAAAGAAACCAUUGUUUACGAGUAUGAACAACUCCUCAGUCAUUUAAGUGAAGUUUUAGAUCCAGACUCAUUCCUUCAUCUUUUGCCACCAAAUGGUAAAAUUGAUUAUUUCCUUAGUUUUAUCGAAAAGUCUUUUUCAAAUUGCCAAGCCAAGUUAUUAAAACAAAAUUUAUCAAGUAGUUUGUUAGAAAUGGAAUAA